AAAAGCUGUUUUCGCUACUUUCGGUUUAAGUACAUUUCUUAUAUGGUAUGGGAAAUCCUACUGGAAUUUAUAGUAAGGAUUUCUCGCCGAAAAAAUGUGUCAAAUGUGUGAUUAUUGCCUAUAACUUAUUCCUCUUCUAGAGACAGGAAAAUGAUAUAAGAUGACUUAUAGAAUUAUCAUAUAAAGUACUUCCUAGUGUGACAUAUUAUGCUUAUUUAAAAGUGAAACAUAUUUGAGAACAGAUGUUUUUACCUUUGGCGAUUCAUAUUCACUUUUGUUUUGUGUUUUAGUGUAAACUAUCUUGUUCAUGAUGGAGGAGACGGGUAACCUUUCUUGUUCAUAAUGGAGGAAACGAUAAAGGAAAUUAAAACAAAGGUGGAAGAUAUUGAAGCUGGUCUCAAGUCGAUGUUAAAUCGGUUCAACCAGGUAGUCGGCUCCUCUGGAUGUUUAGGGGAUCUCUGUAACUGCAUUACGUUAUACAAAGGGACAGAAACACAAAUGAAAGAUAUCAUUCGGCAAGUAAAGUCUUUUGAGAUUAAACUGGAAGAAAAAGAUAAAAUAGAUAUAGAACGUGAUAGAAAAUUGGAACAACUGGGUCAAGACAUCACCUACAUGCGUGGUAGGCAGGAUGUAAACCAAUCACAAAUAGGCAUUCCUAAUGCAAACUUACGAAAAGAAAGAGAUGACUCAUUGCAGUCAAGUAAUCUGAAAAAGAGAGCACCUGAAAAAGACCAAAAGCCAUCGAAAAAGAGUGAGAAUGAAACACUUACAAAAGAUGACAAUAAAUUACGUAAAGGGAAACAACAAAGAUUCCAUGAGCACUUACCAAGACGAAAAUCCAAAACUGAUUCAUGUGAAAGUGAUGACAAUAGUUCUAAUAGUGAUAUUGAAGGAAAUAAUCUACGUAAAGAUCUUACAAAUCUACGAGAUAUUGCUCAAACAUCCCAGAAACCGAAACUGGAUCAUGACUCUUGCAAAACCGAAAUGAAUGUUUGCCAGUUUAAAACACAGGAAGAGAAACAACCAGGCACUGAAGGUUCAUACCGGCCUAACUUCAGAGCAUCAACGGAAGUUGAAUUGAGACAUGCAAGUGCCCCUCCUGUUGCUGUUUCUAGUGUAGGAUCGCAGAAAGCAAUAGGCGGUACAUGUAACACGUCGCCGGCGGUUGUUGAACAAAAUGAGAAAGAAUAUUACCUUACACCAGAUGUCUUGGAGGUUGAAGCCAAGGCCGAACAGAUAUCCUCACAAAAAACUUCUCUACGUUUCCUUGAAGCCGUUACGACAAUACUGCUGGUUGACACAUCACAAAGUAUGGCAUCUGGGGAUAAAUGGAUGCAAGUAAAAACAUUUGUGAACGAUUACAUCACAGGGUUAGAACAGCUGUCACCAAGAGUCAGUCAUUUGGAAUAUUUAGCUCUGGUUACAUUUGGAGCACAGACGCGGUGUCAUCAAAGAUAUACACUUGACUUUAGUUUGAUACGAUCGGCUUUUGACAAAAUACAGCUUGGAGGACCCAGUCCACUUUACGGAGGAUUACUGAUGGCUGAUUCUGUAUCACUUACACCUGAAAAGGACCUGAUCGUGUUACGGAACGGGAUGUACGUUUAUACAAAGAUAAUCCUUAUAACAGACGGUGAACCGACUGAAAUUUGCCUUCACAGAGGACCAGAUAUUCCCGACCCAAAGCAAAUGGAUCAAACGAAGGCUGCCCUGAUUACCAUGAUGGAUGUCAUGUGCUGUAGGGCUAUUGAUAUAUUCUGUGUUCCUGUUGGAAAUGCUGAUAUGGAAUUCCUACACAUGCUGUUUGCAAAGGAAGGAGGGAGAAGAUUUCUUAGUUAUAAAGAUGGCAGCUAUUUUUCUAGGAGAUUAUUUCUUUGUAUGAAAUUUGAACAACGUCGAACUUUAUUUGGAGGUUUUAACUUUGUUGUUCCGCGAGACGAUCCUGAAGUGACUGCAAGAGAUUUUGCUCACAUGCAAGAAAUACUUGAUGAUUCCAACGCUAAAAACUAUGAAGCAAUGAAAAGAAAGGAACAAAAUCCGUAUGAAGAAAGUCUCAAUAAACGACUUUUACCGAUUGGUUCACGAGUGAGACGAGGCCCUGAUUGGAACGAUGGAGAAAAAGACAACGAUGGACCGGGAACCGUAAUUGGACACAAUCUCUAUGUUAACAAAUUAUGGGUAAACUGGGACAAUAAUGACGAAAUUCGACAGUACAGUUAUGGGGAAUGGAAUUAUUAUGGUGUACUUCCUGUUGAAGAGCCAAGAAUACCAUUACCCGGACAGCCACUGGAUGUUGGUUGUGUUGUUUCUACAGGCAAGGACUGGAAGAGUGAUGUGGCUUCACCUGGUAGUAGGGGUGUGAUUAUAAAAAUGGGUGCAACAGAAUCUGGGAUCAGAAAGGCACUGGUUCAUUGGGAAAAUGGGAAAAGGGCAGCCCAUUCGUACGGUGACGACAAGAUAUAUGAAAUCAAAUUAUGUAUGACAGAUACGAGUGUUCCAACAAUGCAAAGAUCACCAAGGUUACCAGCAGUUCCAGGUACAGCUCAGAGGCCAGCCAUACAGAAUCGACAGACAAUACCAGCUAUUAAAGGUCCAACAACGUCAAGCGGAAAUCCUGCAAUACAAGGCCAGCCAAACCGAAAGAAUAAAAACAAAAAUAGUCAUUGAAUCUAAUGCUUGCUUACUGAACGAUAUACAAUUGCUUCUUUGAGCCACUGCGGUAACAAGCCGUGUUAGGAGAGUAUUUCACAUUUCAUUGCCUGUUAUGAACAAGACUUAUUGUACUUAAACAAAUGCUGGAUCCUAAGGUCUAUGUUGAAGCCCGAUACCGAAUUAAUUGCGUCGUUAUUUCUUGUAUUAAAUACAUUAUUUAACCGAAAGCAUCACGAAAUAAGCUGAAGAGGGUCCAUGUGUUCCUCGAGUGAGCGACUUCGGUCCAUUUGAGCUUCCAUGUAUUUUGCUAUCAAUUUUCUGAAACAAAAUCGUUUCCAGUUUUAUCAGUGUUCACUUGAAUCUUCAGUGGCAACAGUUUAGCCAUUCCGGUGUAUUUGUUGAUAUGACAUAGUGUUUAAUCGCUUCUAAUGCAAACACAUAAAACAAUAUCAUCCAUCAAAAGUACAAUAUCUUUGUAUUUUUAUGUCACAAGGAAAUGCCAUUAACAAAUUUGUGUUUUCUAUAACUUCAUUAUUUUCAUCAGUUUUCGUAAGUUUUGUAGCAAACAUUGCAGUUGCAGCGAUAAUGUGUAAAAUGCAUGCGUAUUUUACGUGUGAGACAUAGAGAAUCUGUCAUUGGUCUUCGGUUAAGAUGAGAAAAUCCCACCCCGAGGGCUGUGCCGAGUUUAAGACGUGAGCGGUCCGCCCGAGGGUUGGGAUUUCCGAUCUUCACCGAACACCAAUGAUGGAUUCUAUUUCUCACUUACCACAACAGAAACAAUCAAAACAAGCAUGAAAAUAUGAAACUAUUUAAAACGCGGGAAACUGACGUCCAUAAGCAGAAGUGACGUCAUGACAUUUCAGUGACGCACAAUAACAAAGUUCCGCUUUAGUUUUAUCGUUUGUAGCGUAACGGUACGUUCUUAUCAUAAAGUAAUGAAUUUUGAAUCGAGGAAAACACUAUAAGGAACGCAGAGAAAAGAUAAAGGUACCUGAUUUUUAAUUAUUUUACAUAAAUAAUAUGUAUAUCAGUGCAUGAAGUAGUCCGUCACAGGAGUGUGGGAUAACCCAUGUGAGAAAAGAUUUUCCAGCAUUUCUAAAAAUAGUGAUUUUUCUGUCCGAUAAGUGAGAAAAAUACUUCUUUGUAAUUUAUAUCAAGUUGUUUCUGCUCUAUGCUCAACCAAUUUAGGCUUAUCAUCCAGUAAGACUGGCUUGAUUUUGUAUGAAAGUGUCGUUAUGCAUUCUGUACAAAACAAGGAAAUAUUGUGCUUUACAUUGAUAAAAUAUUUUCCUUUACAUGUACUCUAACUUUUUUUACGCAUGCCAUAGAUAUAUACAUUAUAUUAUUUAUAAAAAUAGA